GGGAUAGCCGAGCGGAGAGCUGGGCGCAGAGGCCGUGUUCAGAUGUUCAGAUGGACUUUUCCACCUCCCUGCACAGAAACUGAGCCCUGGCAUCACCCAGUUCGCCUACAGCUGCGUGCAGGAGCACGUGGUGUGGACCAACAUCCAGUUCUGGGAGGCCAUGUUCUACUGCGACGUCCAGAACCACAUCCGGGCCCUGUACCUGGACAGCGCCGAGGAGAACCACACGGAGCAGGAGAGCCCGGAGGAGCCUCAGGAGGCCAAAUCCGCUCUGGAGAUCGCGUCGGAGCAGCUGCGGCUGUGGCCCACCAUGAGCCGGGAGAAGCAGCAGGAGCUGAUCCAGAAGGAGGAGAGCACGGUGUUCAGCCAGGCCAUCCACUACGCCAACAGGAUGAGCUACCUGCUGCUGCCCCUGGACACCAGCAAGAACCGCCUGCUCCGCAGCUCCGGCCUGGGCGACGUGGAGAGCGUCAGCAACAGCUUCGUCACCAACAGGUGCCCCAGGGGACAGCCGGGGACAGCGGGGGGAUGGCCCUGCUCGCUGUGGGGGGGAUCCGAGGGUUCUUUGCGGCCCCAGCCCCGCUGGGAUUGCGGGAUUGUGCUGGGAUUGAGGUGCCCAGGGGGGUUCUGGGAGUGGGGGCUCUCCUGGGGCUGUGCUGGGAGUGGGAGCAGGCUGGGACCCCUGGCAGGAGUGGGAGCUCUCCUGGGAUCUGAUCAGGAGCUCUCCUGGGAUCAUCAGAGGAGUGGGAGCUCUCCUGGGAUCGGAUCAGGGGCAGGAGCUCUCCUGGGAUCUGAUCAGGAGCUCUCCUGGGAUAUUGGAUCAGGA